CAAGACAUAUUGCGUCAUACUAGCGCUCAUGCUGUGUAUCCUUUUGGUGCACGUGCACGUAGUAGGAUUUUAACCUAAAAUGUAUUAUUAACUAACAGAUCUAUAAAUAGUUUGUAGAAGAUAGAUAGAAAGAGAUAUUUAACGGCCAUUGAUACGUGAAAUAAAAUGGCAACUGGUAUAUUUGACAAUUCACCAAGAGAGAUGCAGUUGAUUAAUUCUGUAGACGAUACAGAUGCCAAAGAGGAAUAUAAUAAUGUUGAAAAAAUAAGACUGAGAAAAGAAUUGGGACUAUUGGAAGGUGUUGCCAUUAUUUUAGGAAUCAUAUUUGGCUCGGGCAUAUUUGUAUCCCCGAAAGGUGUAAUACAAGAGGUCGGAAGCGUAGGAGUUUCCUUGAUUAUAUGGGUAUUAUGUGGACUAUUGUCUAUGAUAGGAGCAUUGUGUUAUGCCGAGUUAGGCACAAGUAUACCGCGCAGCGGCGGAGAUUAUGCUUACAUUCAUGAAGCCUUUGGUGCUUUGCCAUCAUUUUUGUAUCUAUGGGCUGCCAAUCUAAUUUUUGUGCCUACAACCAAUGCUAUAAUGGCAUUAACCUUCGCGCAAUAUGUUCUACAACCAUUCUUUCCAAAUUGUUCUACGCCGGACAAUGGUAUAAGAUUAAUUGCAGCUGUAACUAUAUGUUUCUUGACAUUCGUCAAUUGUUAUGAUGUAAAAGAAACAACAAAGAUGCAGAAUAUAUUUAUGUUUGCCAAAAUUGCCGCUUUAGUGAUUAUUAUUAUAGCUGGAAUAUCGUGGUUGUGUAUGGGACAUACAGAAAACUUUGAGAAUGCUUUUGAAAAUACAAAUACAGAUCCUGGAAAAAUUGCAGUGGCCUUUUAUUCUGGAAUAUUUUCAUACUCUGGAUGGAACUAUUUAAACUUUAUGACUGAAGAAUUGAAAAAUCCUUAUGUAAAUUUACCACGCGCAAUUUAUAUAUCACUGCCUUUAGUCACAUUAAUCUACGUACUAGCCAAUGUUGCCUAUCUGUCAGUUUUGACGCCAACCGCGAUGAUUGCUUCGGAUGCGAUUGCAGUAACGCUUGGAGAUCAACUUCUUGGAGUUAUGGCAUGGGUUAUACCUGUUAUGGUUGCUAUUUCCGCAUUUGGAGGAUUAAGCGUUCACAUUAUGACUUCUUCCAGAAUGUGUUUUGUUGGUGCCAGAAAUGGACAUUUUCCAUCUAUGCUUAGUCAUAUCAAUGUAUCAAGAUUUACUCCUACACCUGCUUUAGUAUUCCUGUGUAUAUUGUCAUUAAUAAUGUUAUGUACGAGUGACAUAUUUGUAUUGAUAACAUAUUGUAGCAUAGUGGAAUCUUUCUUCAUUAUGUUAUCUGUAGCUGGUAUUUUAUGGCUCCGAUAUAAAAAACCUAAUAUGAUUAGGCCGAUAAAGGUACCUUUAUGGAUUCCUAUAACGUUUGUAGCAUUAUGUGCAUUUCUGGUAUUGGUGCCCUGUUACGAAAGACCUUACGAAGUUGGUAUGGGUAUUUUAAUAACAUCCUCCGGUAUUCCUGCUUACUUCAUGGGCGUUACAUGGCAAAAUAAACCAAUUUGGUUUCAAAAAAUUAAUGUCAAAGCCACUCAUAUCAUACAAAAAUUAUUUCUGUCGGCGAGAGAGGAGGCAGAAGAUACGGAAUAAGGAAAUCGUGUUCAUCUUGGUAAAUAAAAGAAGAAGAUACGCAAGGUAUAUAAAAACGGUCCUUGAUUUUUAGCAGCUAGUUCUUUUCUUUUUUUUUUCUUUUGUUUUUCUUUUCUUUUUUUUUUUUUUUUUUUCUUUUCCCUUCCAGUCGGUCAUAUUCGAUCUCAGACAUUACGGCGAAUAAGUGAUGAUAAACAAAAAGAGACAUCGUACAGUUUUUCCUUAAAACUUGAUUGCAAUAAAAAGUUUGCGAAAGAUCAAGCUGUACGCUUAUCUCAUAAUAUUGAUGAGUAGAUCUGAAUUUCAAUUCUUUUUCUUUUUUUUUUUCUUUUUUCUUAUUUUUUUUAUAUGCUUUUAUAUGUAUUUUCAAUAUUUGUCUCGAAUAAUAAUGAUCUUUUGAUGCAGCAUAUAACGAAAAGAAACAAUUACUUUUGAGACUGAAUUUCUUUUUUCUAUAAACAUUAUACUUUCUCAACAUGAUUAUUCAAUAGAUGUUUAAAUAAAAAAAAAUUUUCUACAAUGGAUAUACAUAUAUUUCUGUAAUAUAUUAUUCCGUACGUAUGUAUAAACAUUUCGUAUUAUUAAUGUGUUAUAUUUUCUAUCCUUUAAACGAAUAUAGUAUUGCUUUUAUGUAUACCAUAGUUAUUAACAUAAAAAGGAUUUUAUUAAAUUCUACUAACAAUAUUUAUGAUUGUACUUACGUAGAUUGUACGUAAUAAGAUAAAAUACGACCGCUUUUAAAGUUCACAGAUUUAAUAAUUACAUCGCAAAGGUAUAAGAAUGUUCAUGAAAUACAUACGUUUAAUUAUUAUUGUAUCUACUAUUUAAUUUAUUGCUCGUUGAGGAUUAAAAAUUUGACAAUUUUUUAUACUAUUUAAGAUGUGGUUAUCUUCACUGUGAUAAGAAUAAUAAAGUAUUUUAUAAUCAUACCAAAGUAAUUUUCAAUCCAAAGGGACUUGUGUAAGUUGAGAUUAUGAAUUAAUAUUUUAUUAUAAUUUUAUUGUAAUAUAUACAUAUACAUACAUGUGUAUAUGUACACCACACACACACACACACACACAUGUAUAUAUAUAUAUCAAUUGUGUACAAUUGAGUACGGUUAACUAAUAAAAAGAAAUAUUCCUUUCUAAUACAUUAGUCGAUUAAAUUUGUAAUGUAAGGGGAGAAAAAAGAACUGCAGAGUCCUUCGAUCGAGAGCAUAAGGAACUUUCCGCGGUUGUGCCUUUAAAGUAAAAAAUAUAAUUAUCGAUUAAAUUGCAAGUUUAAUUUCUAUGAAACUUAACCAUCCCAUAUGGAUACAAGCGCACGAACGUAGUCGGAGAGAUUGCACGAUUCUACGAAAAAAUAGUAAUAUAUCUUUGUUUACGAAAGAAAUACUUUAAUAGAGUAUGACGAGAGUUACGCAUAAACUUAAUCAAUAUGGAAGCAAUAGUUUAACUAAACGUUAUAGAGAAUUGGAUCGCAUUAUUGAAAAAAGAGGAGAAAAAGAGAUAUUGUUACUU